UCGCCGAGGUCCGCGGCCCAGACCUCCAUCGCAUCGGUCACACUGUGGGAGGCAGCGGCUCAGGCCGGGGCUGCUCGACCCCCGCCCGGCCCCGCUCCCGUUCCCGGCCCCCGCCCGCUCUCACCAGACGGCGCCACCGGGCCGGCAGUAGCAGAGGAACCGGCCCGGCCCGGCUCGCAGCAAGUGGAAGAGCCCGGACGGUUCCGCCAUCGCUGCGCCGGAAGGGGCGGGUGCGAGCGGCGCGUCCGCCCGGGGCUGUGAGCGGGACCGGCAGCUCCGCCAUGGUGAACUUGGGGCUGCGGCGGGUGGAGGAUGAUGUGGCUGCCAAGCACCCGGCGCUGCAGCAGUACGCGGCCUGCCAGUCCCACGCGUUCAUGAAGGGCAUCGGCACCUUCCUGGCAGGCAGCGGGGCCGCCUUCGCCGUGCAAAAGCUGGCGCGGCAGAAGCUGCCGUACAGCCCGCAGUGGAGCCUGCUGCUGGCCGCGGGGUCCCUCGCGAGCUAUGUGGUAACCAGAGCUGAGACACAGAAAUGCUCCGACUUCUGGAUUUACCUGGAGACAGGCAAGUCCCCACAGGAGCUCAGCGUGACUGGUGGGGUAUCUCAGCCCUCAGGUACGUUCACAACUCCCUGUUGCUUUCCCCAGGCUUGUUGUGCCUGGUUCUUCGCUGCUGCAGUAAUGAGUUUGCUGUUCCUGUCUCGUAAUUAAACUGGUGACUGUGUAAUUGCCAAAAUCUCAGUAUAAGUCCCACACUGGCACUUUGCAGCCGAGGGAUGGGAGCAGGAGGAUGUGUGGUGGCUGGAGCUCCCUAUCUGAUCUCAUUUCCCAUGUCCCGCUGUGCUCUGGGCACAGCGGUAUCGGAGCAGGCCUGGAGACGUGGGCUGGGUGCACUUGCUGCUAACUGCUGCCCUGCCUGCUUUGGGGAUUCACACGAGCUAGCAUGAAGGGCUUGUCUGCUGGAAGAGGAAGGAGAGGGUAAGGGAUGGAGAGAGCCAAUGAGGUGUAGAGAGAUGUGCUGCUCUGUAGAGUGGAUAGAGCUGGAGAGGCACUAAGAGAGGCACUGGACAGUUCCCAUGGCUGCUUGCUGCUCUCUCCCACAUGUACCUUGAGCUCCCAAAGCACCUUGAGGUCCCAAAGCUGGGCCCACCUGAAGAGGCUUUAAACACUUCACCAGGGCUCUGUGGUUCUCUGCCCACCCUUGGCAAACACACCAGGGUAGUUGGAGGUCCAAGGAGCUUGUACUUUCUGUUGCAGAAAACCUACUCAACACAGAGGACAGGGACAGCGCCGCACUGCCGGUGAGGAGGAACGGGUAUGGGGAUGUGGUGGAGUAGCCAGCAAAGCACAGCACUCUGUACCUGUGUCCCGCUGCAGCCCCUGCUGCUGCCCAGCUGGUCACUGCCCAUGCUGCCUGUGAGUCUGGUGGGCUUGGUGGCUCUGUUUGGAAGCUCAGAGGACUUGAUCCUGCAGCGAGAGUGUGGUGGAGGCACCACAGGGAUCACUGCUGCCUGCCCCAUGGCCUCUGAACAUUGCACUGGGGGUACAAUAAAAGUCAAGAACUGAA